GUGCUGCGCACCAUCAGACUGAAAACAGAUCUCUGCAGUUGUGUGAGCAUGGCUGUCUUCUUCAGCAGUGAGUCUGAUACCAACUUUGAAACUGGUGAAUAUCAGCAGUUCCCCAGAUCUGAACCUGAGGAUGCUGCUAAAGAAAAGACUGACAAACCAAAGUUUAGACAUCUCAGGGUGGUUCUGCUGAGCUUUGGGCUGCUGUGUGUUCUUCAAGCCGUUCUUAACAUCUCUCUGAGACUUGCUCUGAGUGAAUCUUCUGAUAAAGGUGAGACAGAGGAAGAUGGCUGUCCAGAGAGCUGGCUGAUGUUUGGUUCCAGUUGUUACUACAUCUCUUCACAGAGGAAGAGCUGGGAUGACAGCCGGCAGUACUGUGAGCAGAGAGACGCUGACCUGGUCAUCAUCAACAACAGACAGGAACAGGCCUUCCUCACUGGAUUCACCGCGGCAGCGUGGGUCGGUAUGACUGACAGGGCGGUGGAAGGUACUUGGAUCUGGGUGGAUGGAACACCAGUGAACAAAGAUGGUCUGCAGUGGGCACCUGGACAGCCUGAUGGCGCGUUUGGAGGAGAAGACUGCAGUGACCUACGUACAAUGAAUGAUUUCAUCGGCUUGAAUGACUUAAACUGUAGCACCAGGAUCCAGUGGAUCUGUGAGAAAACAUUGUUUUAGCUCAAACUGUGCAGAUGCGUGUACUGCUCCUUCAUCUUCCUUUGCUGUAACUGGACCUCUGUUCCAUUCAUAUUUGUACUUGAUGAUAAUGCAGCUGUUGAUAUUUUCC